AUGGCGCCCGGGUGUCCCGCGGUGUUCACAGAGGGAGCGCGCGAGAGUCUGGCGGAAGUGGAGACAAAGCACGUGAGGGGUGGGGGGCAGCGGGUGAGAAAAGAGUCUCCAUUCCGCAUCACACGUGCUGGCUUUGAGGCUCUCUAUGUUCUCCGAGGUGACAGUGUCCAGGUGGCGCUAGUCCUAAGGGUCCGGAGCUCAGAGAAGCCUAGACUGGAGACGCGGAUUUGUGAUCUCGUCAGCCAAAUGGUGACAGCUGGCGUGCUGCCAGUGGAUGAGAUGGUCCGGGGGCAGGACCUAAAAGACAACUAUCAGCUUGACCUUCUCUGUGCUCUAGAUCAGACAGCCCCCUGCCCACCUCUGUGCCAGCAGGACGCCUGUGUGACGCGGCUGGCGGGCACAGACGCUGAUGUGCCAUCACAGCACAGAGAGGAAGCAAUUGAAGGCAGGGAAAUGUUAAGUAACUUGGAUAAAGUCUCAUAUGUGCAGUGUUCAUUUAAAACAUGUGUGUGUUGGGCGGGUGCUAAGGCUGAAAUAAGAUCCCGCUGGUACAUCAGCGCUGUCCGUCAGGUUCGCUUGGGAUCAUGUCUUGAGGACGGACCGUCCCUCGAGAGUGGGUGCGGAGAGAAGGUCACCAUGAAGAGAGCGAGGGUGGUGGGCGGUGUGGCAGGAAGUACGUGUUCUCAGAGUCAGAAAUUAACCGGCGCGCGUGCGGUAACAGGAAGGAUGGAAGGAACAGAUGUUGGGGGUAGACCAGUUGCCAGCACUCAGGAACUGCCGGCUAGUGUCUCUGCCAGCUUUUCAUCCAAGCUCCAGGGGAAACAGGCUCGCUACCUCGAGGUCUUAAUGGAACAUCAGUCAGGGCUGUGGGGAGCAGGCUUGUGCCAAGCAGAUUUGAGAGCAGAUUUCGUCAUCCCAGAACAGAUUUCAGAGAGGCAGGGCCAGUGCGGGCUCUGCCCUUCACACGCGGCUUCAGACCCACCCCUUCCAGGCUUUCGAGCGCCUGGAGUGUCUUCAGGAAAGCCAAACUUAAGGAGCCUGCAGUGUCCUCUUGGCCCCACGCCGUGUGGUCCCUGA